GCGGCAGCGGCGAGGCUGCUCGGGCCCAGACGCGCCAUGAGUCAGUUCGGCUUCGGCGCGGGCGGCGGCGGCGGCGGCUUCAGUUUCGGGACGCCCAAAACGGCGGUCGGCACCACCAGCAGCAGCGCAGCCCCCGCGGGCUUCUCCUUCUCCUCGGCCAUCUCGGCGGGCGCGGGCGGGGGCACAAGCGGGGCCUUCGGCUUCGGCUCUCCCGCCCCGAACGCCGGGAGCGCCCCGCCCGCCGCCGGGCUCUUCUCCUUCGCGACGCCCGCCGCCUCCGCGCAGGCCUCCGCAUUCAGCUUCGGGAUGCCCCCGGCCUCGUCCGCGGCGGCUACUCCUGCGGGGGGCGUUUUCACGCUGGGGGGCAACGCGGCCAAGCUGAGCUUGGGGGGCUCGGCCGCUACGACGGCCUCCCCCGCGACCAGCGGCUUCGGGCUGGGCAGUAGCGGCGGACUGGGCGGCUCCGGCGCGAGCGGCACCAGCGUGGCGGGCACCCAGGUGGCGGCGGCGGCGGCGACUCCACCCGCGGGGUUCGUGUUUGGCUCGGCGGCCACGACGACGCCACAGCCGGCUCCGGCUGCCCCCGCCGUCGUGGGAGGCUUCAGCUUUGGCGGGGCGGCCCAGACAGGAGCUCCGAAUUUCAGCCUCGGCUCGCUGGGGAGCGUCCCGCCGCAAACAGCACCUCCCGGCCCGACUUUCGGAAUUGCUCCGGCCUCCGCCAACGCCGCUGUGAGCACAGCAGCCGCAUCGCAGGCAGCCCCGGCCUUCAGCCUCGGGACAGCGUCCACCGGUUCUGGCUUUGGAGUGUUGGCUCCAGCAGCGGUCACUUCCACCACCACACCCUUGUCCUUUGGGGCUAAACCUGGAGGUACCACUGUCACCUCGGUGGCCCUUGCUACUACAAGUUCCUCUUCCCUCCUCGGCCUAUCAGGGCCCACGCUGUUUGCAUCUGUAGCAGGCUCUUCAGCUCCAGCUGCCUGUACCACCACUAGCCUUUCAGUGGGUACCUCCUCGACAGGGGCAGCUCCCACUGGGACCUUGGGAUUUGGCUCAAAAAUGCCUGGAGUGACCACAGCAGCUGCUGCCACUCUCCCCACAGCUGGGGCUGCUUCCAUACCUGCUGCAGGAUUCCUCUUGAACCUGAAGCCCCUUGCCACAACAAGCGUGGCUGCUUCCACCUCCACUGCAACCACCACAACUGGCAUGGCUCCCCCCAUGAUGACUUAUGCCCAGCUGGAGAGCCUGAUUAACAAAUGGAGCCUGGAACUGGAGGACCAGGAGAAGCACUUCCUUCAGCAGGCUACCCAGGUCAACGCUUGGGACAGGACAUUGAUUGAAAAUGGAGAAAAGAUCACAACCUUACACAGAGAAGUAGAGAAAGUGAAGCUGGAUCAAAAGAGGCUGGACCAAGAGCUGGACUUCAUUUUGUCUCAGCAAAAGGAGCUAGAAGACUUGUUGAUACCAUUGGAGGAAUCUGUGAAGGAGCAGAGUGGAACAAUCUAUUUGCAACAUGCAGAUGAGGAGCGGGAAAAGACAUACAAACUGGCAGAGAACAUCGAUGCUCAGCUGAAGCGCAUGGCCCAAGAUUUGAAAGAUAUCAUUGAACACCUGAACACCUCUGGGGGCCCUGCUGACAAUAGUGACCCUCUUCAGCAGAUCUGCAAAAUUCUGAAUGCACACAUGGAUUCUUUGCAGUGGAUUGAUCAGAACUCCGCGCUGCUGCAGAGGAAAGUGGAGGAGAUGAGCAAGGUCUGCGAGAGCCGCCGCAAGGAGCAGGAGCGCAGCUUCCGCAUCACCUUCGACUGAGCGCGCCGCCUGAUGCGCCCCCCCCCCCCCCCCCCCCGAUUCUUUUUGUACCCCUCAAUAAAGAGAGUCUUUCCAAA